AUGACACCAACUCUCGUUCACAGCUAUUAUCUCUCCACUUCCACUGCACCACGCAACCUCUCUAUAAAACGCGCCGCCGACCCCAAAGCAAACCACGGCGCCGGCCGUCAACGAUUUCCCAAAUGGGUUCGUAAAGCUAGAAAACCACCGACCCCAUUGGCUGACCAGCACAAACAGGCUCUUCAUUACCACGCUCAAUCUGGUUCCAUGGAAGACGCGCUCUGGGUGUUCGACAAAAUGAACAAGCUGGAUCCGUACAACUGGAAUGUCGUUAUCAGAGGGUUUACGGAUAUUGGGAUGUUUCAAUAAGCAAUUGAGUUUCAUCAAAGAAUGGAAAUGGAACGUGUUCGAGGGGAUAAGUGUACUUAUCCGUUUGUGAUCAAGGCCUGUGGUGGGUGCUUCAAUUUGGCCGAAUGCCGAAGAGUUCAUGGCAAGCUGUUUCAAGUUGGGUUGGUUUCUGAUGUGUACAUAUGUAACUCUCUCUGUGCGGUGUAAGCGAAACUUGGUUGCAUUAGGGAUGCAGAGAAGGUGUUUGAGGAAAUGCCUGUUAAAGACAUGGUUUCUUGGAAUUCGAUGAUUGGUGGGUAUGUUUCUGUUGGGGAUGGAUGGAGUGGAGUGGUUUGUUUUCAAGAGAUGGUGGUGGGUGGGGUAAUGCCUGACAGAUUCAGCAUGAUCGCGAUUCUGAAUGCUUGCGCUAUCAAGGGUUUGUUCCAAACUGGGAAGGAGGUACAUUGCCGGAUGAUGAAAUGUGAGCUUGAAUUGGAUGUCAUGGUUAAAAUCUCGCUUAUUGAUGUGUACCACAAAUGUGGUAGAGUAGACUAUGCGGAGAGGUUGUUUGAUAAGAUUUCUCAGAAGAAUGUUAUGGUUUGGAACGUGAUGAUACAUGGGUACGCGCCAAAUGCUCGUCCCCUGGAGUGUUUUUCUUGCUUGAAAAUGAUGCAAGAGACUUAUAAGUUGAGGCCGGAUGCUACAACGAUGAUAAAUUUACUCCCUUCUUGCGCAAAAACAGGAGCCCUCAUGGAGGGAAAAUCUAUCCAUGGCUACGCCAUUAGACAUGGGUUUCUUCCUCAUAUUGUCUUGGAAACAGCUUUGAUUGAUUUAUAUGCUGCCUGCAGCAGGGUGAAAUCAGCAGAACGCAUAUAUGCUGUCUCAGAAGAAUUUGAUAUCAUGGAAUGAUGGAAUACCAUGAUUUCUGCAUACGUACACAAUGGUCGGAACUGGGAAGGCUUGGAACUAUUUCAGAGACUUGUUAGUAAACCUCUUAACCCAGACCCAAUUACGAUAUCAAGCAUCCUACCUGCCUUUUCUGAAGUAGCAUCAUUAGGGCAGCGGAAGCAAAUUCAUGGUUAUAUCUUGAAAUUGAAGCAUAAUUCGAACACCUUCAUCUUGAAUUCAAUUAUUUACAUGUAUGCAAAAUGUGGGCAUCUAGGUACUGCCCAAGGAAUCUUUGAUGGGAUGAUAUACAGGGAUGUCAGCUCAUGGAACACUAUAAUAAUGGCAUAUGCUAUUCAUGGGUUUGGGAGAAGUUCGACUCAUUUGUUCAAGGAAAUGGUAGACCCUAAGGGCAUUCGGCCGAAUGAGAGCACUUUUGUUUCUGUGUUAACAGCCUGUAGCGUUUCUGGCAUGGUCGAUGAGGGUUGGAAAUACUAUGUAUCUAUGAAAUUAGAGUAUGGUAUUGACCCUGGAAUAGAGCACUAUGGUUGUAUGGUUGAUCUUAUGGGGCGUACAGGUGAUCUUGGCCAAGCCAAGGCAUUUAUUGACGAAAUGCCAUUGCUGCCCACAGCCAGAAUCUGGGGUUCCUUAUUGACAGCAAGUAGAAAGCAUAGAAACAUAGAGUUCACAGAAGUUGCUGCAGAGAAAAUUUUAUCCUUGGAACAUGAUAAUACUGGGUGUUACGUCUUGCUUUCCAAUAUGUAUGCUGAAGCUGGGAGGUGGGAAGAUGUAGAAAGGAUCAAAAUCGGUAUGAAGCAAAGAGGACUGACCAAAACUGUUGGAUGCAGCUUCGUUGAAACCAAAUGCCAGCCAUACAUAUUCGUCAACUAUGAUAAGUCCCAUGUCGAAAGUAACACAAUUUAUGAUGUUCUAGAUGUCAUUUCAAGGAAGAUUGGGGAAGACAAGUAUGUUCACAAUGUCACCAAGUUCAGACCAUUGGACUUGAAGAGAAAGAGAAAUUCUGCUGAGCAUCACAGUGUAAGAUCGGCAAUUUCUUACGGGCUGAUCUCCAGGAAACUUGGAGACUCUGUUCUUGUUAGGAAAAAUACAAGAAUAUGUGAAGAUUGCCAUAGUGCUGCAAAGAAGGUUUCACAGAUGACCAAUAGAGAAAUAAUAGUAGGGGACUCCAAGGUCUUUCACCACUUCAGAGAUGGCAAUUGUUCAUGUGGUGAUUAUGGGUGACCAACUGUUUUACCCAAACUUGGUGUAUAUACAA